AUGGCAGCCAGGCCUCCUGCAGUUGCACAGCUUCCUUCCUUGGCUGACAAUGAGGAUGAGGAAGAUAUUGUGGAAGAGGAUGGCCCCACUACUUGGAAGCCAAAGAGGAUGGUCAAGGAAUGGGAGAAUGAACAUGGCAUUCGCAAUGUGACUAUCAUUGUGUGGCUGAGCAGUGGCGCGACUGAAGCCGACAUUGAAACCAUGGUCUCUGCCAAUGGCAAGAAGCUAACUAUCAGUGAAAAGUGGCACCAAGACCUCUUGGAUAUUGGGGAGUUCUAUUAUCUCUAUCAACAACACACAAGGGAGAACCUAGAUACCAAUGUGAGGUGCCAUGCCAUGCAGCAGUAUGUCAGGUCCAUCCUUGAUGUCAGAGGUGAUGUCAUUUCAGAGUUCACCAUGGAGCUCCCCUUUCCAGUUGAUCCCUCUACUUUGAAUGUUACCUUCCCCAGCUUUGAGUCUGGUUUUUAUUGA